GAUUUUCAAAAUAAGAUCAGCCAUGAUAUUAAGCAAUAUAAAAGACGUUUUCUCCGUUUUCUCCGUUUUCUCCUGCCCAAGGUCGAAAAAUUCCAUUUUUGCGCGUUUUCCAAUUUUCUUUGUGAAAAAUUUCGAUCUUUUCUUUUUUAAAUAUUUAAUCAUCUGCAAUGGGAGAAAAUCAGCCACUCUUAUUUGAAUCAUUUUUUAAUUCUAUUUCAUUACCAAAAUUAACGUAUCAUUGGCAUGUGUUGUUGUUAUCUACAUUUACAUGUAAUGUAACGGUUGUAUUUUCCCGUUUAAUUUCAUCAUAUCUUUUUCCAAAAACAUAUAAUAAUUUACAAGGCCUUAAAAAACUUAAUUGGGACAUACAUUUUGUUAGUAUGGUUCAUUGUUUAUUAAUCGUACUAUUAUCUAUACCUAUUUUUUGGGAUGAAGAAUUAAUUAAAGACAAAGUUUUUGGUUAUGAUAAUUAUGCUGGAAAUGUUUAUUCUAUCGCUUGUGGAUAUUUUCUCUGGGAUGCACUUGUGUCUCUUUAUCAUGUAAGAGAAUUCGGAAUUGGGUUUGUAUUACAUGGAACAUGUUGUUUUGGCGUCUUCUUGUUUGCUUAUCGACCAUUUUUGAAUUAUUAUGGAGCGGUAUUUUUAAUGUUUGAAAUUUCAACUCCAUUUCUAAAUAUACAUUGGUUUAUGGAUAAACUGGGAUUGACAGGGACAUUACCACAAUUAAUUAAUGGAGUAUGUUUAUUAACAUCGUUUUUCUGUGCUAGAAUUAUAUUUGGAUUUUACAUGUCUUAUCACACAUUUCAAUCAGUUUUGCAAGUGAUCGAUCAAAUACCAUUAUUUUUAUGUGUAGUUUAUGGAACAGCAAAUAUUAUAUUAAAUUGUUUAAAUGUAUACUGGUUUGUUAAGAUGAUUGAAGCUUUAUUAAAAAGAUUUGACAAAACUGGUGAAAAGAAACAUCACAAACAUCAUCAUCAUAAUGAUGGUAAAUCUAUUAAAUCUGAUGGGAAAACAAAGAAAUUAUAAUUAUAUAUAUUUUUUUAUUUUUUCAUACAUAUCUGCAUAUUAAUAAAUAAAUAAUUUCAUACAAUAAAUAUAUGGCCAGUAUACAUAGUACUUGAAAUCUGAUUUUAUACUAUUACUAUUACCGUAAAGUUCCGAAUAUAAGCACCCCGAAAUAAGAAUUACGGCAAUUUGGCCCUUAACCUACAUUAAUGAUUAGCUCGACUGGCAUUAUGUGCACUUUAUAUAUUAUAAUUGGAUUUUAAUCCAAUUUUCAAGUAAAUAUUUUCAAUAGUUAAUCACCGGGGGGUGAUCAUUAGCGUUGGCCAGAAUUAUCAAUUUUUACCGGCUUUUAAUGCUG